GCCAGCCUGUGGCAUCCGCGGUAAUCUUUCGGCGCUGCGGGGAAUUUCACGACAGAUUGAAAAUUCUGAGCAAAGGCUUCUUCUUCUUCAAACUUCUUUCACAUCCACGCCUGCUCGUUCAAGAUGCUCAGCUCGGCCGCAAGAGCUACCGCUACACGCGCCGUCCCGCGAAGCGCCUCGCUUGUGCGGAGCUACAGCAGCGCCUACGAUAGCACCAUUCCGAACCUCAAAAUUGGCAGCGACACACGUGUCAUCUUCCAAGGAUUCACCGGUAGAGCUGCCACGGCAAACGCCAAAGACACCAUAGAGUAUGGAACCAAGAUUGUCGGUGGUGUAUCCCCCGGCAAGGGUGGUCAGACACAUCUCGAUCUGCCCGUCUUCAACACAGUCCGCGAGGCCAUGCAAGAGGUAAAGCCUCACGUCAGCGCCGUCUUCGUCCCUGCCCAAGGAGCAGCAGCAGCCAUUAUCGAGUCGAUAGAAGCAGAGGUGCCCUUGGUUGUCUCUGUCGCCGAACACAUCCCCGUCCACGACAUGCUGCGCGUCCACGAGAUCCUGCGCACGCAGACGAAAACGCGUCUUGUCGGGCCUAAUUGCCCCGGAAUCAUUGCCCCCGAACAGUGCCGAGUCGGCAUCAUGCCGUAUAAGCAGUACAAAAAGGGCUGUGUUGGUAUCGUCAGCAAGUCAGGCACCCUCAGCUACGAGAGCGUCGGGUCUACAAGCAAGGCUGGUCUCGGACAGAGCAUCGUCGUCGGUAUGGGCGGUGAUUUACUCCCUGGGACGACACUUGUCGAUGGCCUUAAGCUCUUUUUUGACCACCCCGAAACAGAAGGCAUCAUUGUCAUUGGUGAGAUUGGCGGCGAGGCCGAACUACGAGCGGCCGAGGCAAUCAAGGAGUACCGCAAAAAAACGCCGAAUCCCAAGCCCAUCAUUGCCAUGGUAGCUGGGCAGACGGCACCAGAAGGCAGAACCAUGGGCCACGCUGGCGCUGUCUUGAGUCCACGGGAUGCGCCUGCUAGUGUAAAGGUGGCGGCGCUGAGAGAUGCCGGUGCUGUCAUUGUGCCGCAUCCGGGCGUGAUGGGAGCUACCAUGAAGGAAUUGCUGGGAAGGUAAUAUCAUUAUCAUAGAGAGUAUAAACUUUGAGCAUAAAUGAAGGACAAGCACGUUUGGUGGUCAAGGUUGUUUUACCAACAUUCUUCAAUCAAUUACAGUCAUACUAUUUUUAUACAUCUUUACACUAGUAGUGGUCCUCCAGCGUAAUCGUGACCGUCUUGGAAAUCAAGUACUCGGCCACAGCAACAUCCUUACCACUCUCCUUGCCGUAUCCCGACUCCUUGAUACCGCCAAAGGGGCUCUCAGCAGCCGAGCUGUUGCCCGUGUUGACGCCAAUCAUGCCCGCCUCCAAGUUCUCAGCCAAGCGGAAGACACGGUCCAUGUUCUUGGUAAAGGCGUAACUAGCAAGACCCAUGCUUGUAUCGUUGGCGAGAGCAACCACCUCGUCUUCUGUCUCGAAGCUGUAGAGGCCGCAGACAGGCGCAAAUGUCUCUUCGCGAGUCAUCAGCAUAUCCUUGUUCAUACCCGUCAGGAUCACCGGCUCCAUAAAGUAUCCUGAUACGCCCUGGCCCUUACCAGCACCCUCUUUGACGUUGCCCUUGCCCGUACCAAGAGCAAUCUUGGCACCUUUGGCCACAGCAUCGGCCACCUGCGCCUCUGCCUUGACAAUACCAUUGGGUGUUGUGACGGGGCCCAUAGUUGUUCCCUCUUUAGCACCAUGGCCGAUAACAAGGCCCUUGGUCUUGGCCACAAUCAUAUCGGUAAACUUUUGGUACACACCGGACUGGACAUACAAUCUGUUGGCAGUGAUGCAAGCCUGGCCAGCGUGGCGCCACUUUAGCAGCAUAAACUGGUCGACAGCCUGCUCGAGGUUCGCAUCGUCAAACACGAUAAAUGGACAGUUUCCACCUAGCUCUAGAGUGCACUUCUUGAGGUUCUUUGCGCAAAUGCCUGCAACAAUCUUGCCGACGCGCGUGCUACCAGUAAAGGUCACCUUGUGCACAUUUGGAUGCAAGCACAGCGCCUCAGACAGGCUAGGCGUGUUGUCUAGUGAUGUAGUCAAGACGUUGAGUACACCCUUAGGGAAGCCAGCUCGAUCAGCAAGAUCUGCUAGCGCCAACACAGUCAGCGGGGUUUCGGGCGACGGCUUAAUCACCAUGGUACAUCCCGCUGCGAGAGCCGCACCAGCCUUGCGCAAAAUCAUGGCAAUGGGGAAGUUCCAUGGAACCAGAGCGACAGCCACACCAAUGGGCUGCUUGACAACCAUGACACGACGGUUCGGCGCAGCAGGGACGCUCACGGAGCCCUGGAUGCGCUCGGCCUCGCCUGCAAACCACCAUGUGAAUCCAAGCGAGUAUUCCAGCUCGCCCUGCGCUUCAGCCAGAGGCUUUCCCGUCUCAUAUGUGACCAGCUUGGCAAUGUCGUCGCGGUUGGCCGUAAUCAGAUUGUGCCAUACCAUGAGGAGCUGUGCUCGCUUGCGGGGGUUCAUCUUGCGAUAUGUCUGGAAGGUGUCGUCGGCCGCCUUGACAGCCGCAUCGACGUCUUCCGCGGCAUUGUCCGGGCACGAGGCCCAAAUUGUAUCGUUUCCGGGGUCAAUGACAUCGAAUCGUUUGCCAGAUUUGGCGUCGACCCAGUUGCCGCCAACGUACGACUUGUCGUGUAAGAGCGUCGGGUCGUUGAGUGUGAACGGUAGCUUGGUCGUCAUUGUGUUGUGUGGGCUGUGGUUCGGAGGGAAUGGAAUAGAUGGUGCUUAUGCUAAAGAAAAGUAGGCGUCAGUCCCUUUUUAUGGUGUUUUGGAAAAUGAAUGACGGCAUGCAAGAGGCGAAAGGUGGAGGUGGUAACCAUGGUCGGA